AUGCAUGCAUGAUAGAAACAGCUAUGUGUAUAUAGGUAAUGUUAGGCUCUCCACUGUAACUGAACAGUCAGUCUUACACUGGGAAUUAAAAGUAUUGGUUAUUUACUCCGACGUUAUAAAUUCUGAUAGUGUUGAUUUAACUGUUACUAGUAUAAUCUUUGUGUGUUUUGAACAUCUUUGGGAGUAAAAAAACCUGUUACCGCCUUUAUCAUGGGUUUAAAGUCUGAGAAAAUUGGAUUUGUCGAACUGCUUGUGUCAUAUGCCAAUCCCACAGAAUAAGGAAAGAAAUUGGAAAAAAGGCAGCACAAUGGAAUACACCAUGGACUGGCUGUCUAAUGAUGUCUGCGAAGGCUUCGCUAAUGUAGACAUCAGCUGUACGAAUUCUUAUUCUAGCACCAUGUAUAAGCCAAACAACAUGUCGCCAGUAUAUGACGAGGCGGGGAAAAUAUAUCAGGGUGUCAACUAUGGCAGUCGUGGAGGUCAGGAUGCCAGUGUGACAUCCAACGGAAUGAAUAUGAAUGGGGUCGUAGAUAUACCAGAUGGAAGUAACAGUGUCAUACCUAGUGGAAGAAAUAACGGUAUAUUACAUGAUGGAAAUAUGAACGGCAUCAUGCCUAAAAAUGGAAAAAUCAAUGAAAACAUGUGUUUAAUGAACGGAAAUAUGUACAGUCACGAGCAGUGGGGAAGUACAACUACUCAAAGUAAGAAAUAUUGCAGGGAGGAUCUAAAGCCGACCAUAGAAAUGUUGAACGGCAACGUCAACAUGGCCGACAGCUCAACGUCAGACACAUCAUUAUACAUGGAAAAUUACAGCGCAAAAAAGCGUGAGCAGAAAAGACGCCCAAAACCAAAAGAUGGCACAGUUCUUCUCUGCCAAAUUUGCGGCGACCGAGCCCUUGGCUACAAUUUUGAUGCCAUUACCUGUGAAUCUUGCAAGGCAUUUUUCAGACGCAAUGCUAUUAAAACAAAGGUAUUUACAUGCAGUUUUGAGGGGAAUUGUAAACUGGACCCCCAUACGCGGAAGUUCUGUUCUGGCUGCCGACUGAAGAAAUGUGUUGAUGUUGGCAUGAAGAAGGAAUGGAUACUCAGCGAUGACCAGUUGGCCAAACGACGAAAGAAGAGUGAGCACUCACCCUCGUCAUCUGAUGAUCGGCAGUUUCUCUCCCCAACAGAUCCCCAUAUGACCUUGCCACCUCAUUUGGGCGGGGCCCCACCCCCCAUGGGGUACCCCCCACCACACAAGAUUGACCUCUAUUCCCCAACAGGUAGCAGCAGCGAUGGGGAAAUCAAUUCUACGAGCUACAUGUCUGACUCAACAGAAAACAGCAGCCUAAGCAGUCCCCAAGCUGCUCCCUACCUCAGUUUUUCGCCGUCGAUGGUAAAAAAGGAACACAACGAAGAGAGCUACACAUUUCGUCCAGUACCUCCAGAAAUCGUGCUCGAAAUCCAGAAACUUGAGAUGGAGUACCGGUCUGUCUUUGAUGCGGGUUAUUCAGUUGAUCAGGCUAAGAAAAUGGUUGAAAAGCCGCACAAUGCGAAUGACUUAUUUAAUAUGACGGACAUAUUCAUACGCCGGCUUAUAAAGUUUGCUAAACAUAUACCCGAGUUCAAGGAGUUAAAACAAGAGGAUCAGAUCUUCUUAUUAAAGGGUGGCAUAAUGGAAAUCAUGGUACUGAGAUCUGCGAUGGGGUUUGAUCCACAGAACCUUAAGUGGAAGCUUAAAGCGCAGCAGAGCAUAAAGGAAGACGAACACAAAAUCGAUCCAUCAAUUAUUCGGGAACAUCUUGGUGCAUCAAUGUACCAGGAUCAUGUGCAGUUUGUGCGGGGAUUACACAUGCUGACUAGAAGCGACCGAACUGUAAUGACACUCAUGUUCGUAAUCGAAAUUUUCUCUCCAGAUCGGGCUAACUUGAAAAACAUUGAAGCAGUGACAAAAGCACAAGAAAAGUACACGACCUGGCUCCAGCACUAUUUGGAAUCGAUAAUGUCAGUACAGGAGGCUCAGGAUUUGUACCCCAAACUACUCAUGAAAAUGCUGGAAGUGCGCAAUCUUGGUGAAUCAAGUGCCAAAUUGGCGUCAAAUUUAGACAUUUCAAAGCUGGAGCCACUGCUUAUAGAAGUUUUCAGUUUGCAGAAAUGAGAUGAUUCAUGACUCCAAACUUGACAAAGUGUGCUUGAUUGAAAACAUGAUCUCCAGGUUAUAAAUUUAUAGAUAGGACAAGGAAUUGGGUCAAGGAGAAUAGAAUUAACAACAUGCAGACACUGUCAGCUUGCAUUGGAUUUGUAGCAUAAUGCAUAAUGCUCUUAAAAUGAAAAAUGGCAUUUUAUUGACACAGAUUUUGAGAUGUUAGUUUACCUCAUAUGUAUGUGAAUCCUGUUAAACAUGUUUAUAUAUUCUGUGGUUAUGUGGUUUAUUCAUGGCCCAUUAUCAAUCCUUGAAUGCAUGAUUAAUGUUAUCUACUUAUUGUUAUCAAAAAUGGCAUACAUGUUGGCUUAGAUUGUAUAACUGCUUCAGCAUUGUUUAAUGAUUUGUAUGACAUUACAUGCGUAAUGAUUUGUACGACAUUACAUGCGCUGCCUUUGAACCUUUGUUAAGAAUGUUGUUUAUUAUAUUUCAAGCUGUUGCUGUUAUUUUAGUUUUAUAGAAAUCAAAGUUAUAUUUCUGCCACAGAAGUUCUGUAAGAUGAUUUUGACCUAGAAAGUUUAUGCAUUAUGUUCUGAGGAAAAUUGGUCAAAACAAUCAUUUUGAAUGCAUCAUGUCACCAAAAUAGAAUAACAGUCCAAAAUCAAUGCCUUUCAUUUUGUUAUUUUGCAGGGAAUUACACCCAAAUGUCUGUAAACGUAAAUAUGAUUUUCUCAACCAAUCAGAAAAAAGAUAUUAUUUUCUCCAAAAUAAUGCAACAUUGGACCAUUAUGAUGAUGUUUAGCUGUCUGCUUCUCUAUGCAGUUAUAUUUGUUAGGAAUUUAGGCAUUAUCCCAAGUGCUUUUACUUGAAAAUGCUCCAUUUUAUUGCAGAAGGCAACAUUAACUUGUGUACCUGCAUGAAGAUAAAACACAUUUGCAACCACACUUCGGCAAAAUGUCAUGCACGUUCUUGGUUCAUAUAUAUCUUUGCUGUGUAGGAUCAUGCAAGUUUUCUAUUUAUAUUAUUAGGUCGGUAGCCUUAAGUUACUAUUUCGAUGAAAACAUAAUUCAUCAUUUACAUUCCUAUUUCGUUUAUAAUACAUAUACUUGAUCUAGAAAUCAUUAACAGCAAAGCCUCUGUCAAAUUUCUUAAAGUUGACCUAUUUGUCUUUUUCAAGUCAUCGGUAUGGUUUUGUUUAAAACACUAAGUGAAGUAGGGCAUCUACCAGGAAUAAAGCUACUUAUACUUUCUCCAGACUUUCCCUUAUUGAACAUUGUUUAUUUCAUAGUAAGAUGUUUGUUUGGAUCAUUUGCUAUAUCAUUUAUAUGGCUUUUCAGGACAAAAUGUAUUUAAUUUGGUAAGAUGAUAAUCUCCAAAUGUAUUUGGGGUGGAUGGAAAAAUUCUGACCAAAGGGCACAUGUGGAAUCAUGUAACGAGGCUUGCAGAUUUACAAGCAACACAGCGUGUCAGAAGGUUAGAUUUUUUCAUCCACCGUUUUGAGGUUUUCAUUGAAUAACAUUUUUGUUGAUGUACUGACGGUUCUGACUCUUCUUUUCUAAAUUGUUCUAUUUUUAAUUUAGUACCAUUAUCCAUUAAAAUAUUCUGAAAUGGCGUUAAGUUGCACAUGAAUCGUCCUACCUGGGUUAAAUUCAAGGCCAGAUAAAAACUGGGAAAUGCAUGUCCGUCAUGCAAGAAAAGAUAUUCUAAUUUGGGAAUUUAUUAUGCAUUAAGUGUUAUAGUCCAUUAAACUAAGAAGUAAGGUACAAUAAAUAGCAAAUGAACACAGUUCAUUGCAGAGGGGUUUAAUACCUUGUUUAGCUUUAAUAACUAUGAUAUAGAGUUAUUUGGGAUGAAUCUGAAACCAUGUCGGCUACACUAGGACAUUUAUGUGUGACAGAAAUAUAGGGUCAUAAUUCUGUCUUACAUUAUUUUCUUAUCAAAGUUUGUCUGCCUGAUUUCAGAAUUUUAUAUAUAUGUGACUUGCAGUUCAAUAGGAUUGCCUGUCAGUUCAAUAGUUUUAUUCUUAAAACUUUUAAUAUAGAGCCCAUAAAUUCCAUUAAAUAAUACAAUUAUGAUGUUUUUACUGGGGUACAUGUAUAAUGUCUUAGAGAACAUUUUAAAAUCAUACAGAUAUAAUUAGAUUGAAAGGAAUCUCAAGAGAGCUAUUUUUUAAUCUGAUUUUAUCAUUCAGAAACCACUGCAUAUAUGUAAAUUCAUAUACAACCCCUAAUUAUAACAUUUUAUGUAUAUAAAUAUAUAUACAUAUUUAUUGUUAUCACUCACACCGGUGAAUAAUUUUCUCUCAUUUCAUGGAAAUGUUUGGAAUAAGUACUUCAUGUACUUUAUGUACUUCACCUGUAAAAGUAUAUUUUCCUUUAAUUUGACCUGCUUUCAAAGUUUAAUUGUAUAUUAAUAUGACCUUAGGUGAAUACAUAGUUUUGAAAAAUAAAUUGAUACAUAGAUUUACUUAGUUGUUUAAUGUAAUUUGUGAAAUGAGUAUAAGGCCUAAGGCAGUGUAAGAUUUCAACUUCAUAAGUUACAUUUCACAAGUGGCUUUUGGCGUUUACAAGGUGCUGUAUAACUGCAAUUUAUAUCAAAGGAGGAAAAUGACUUACAGACACAGCUGAACCUAAAACUAACAAUCUGACCUACAAACAUGUACAUGUACCCUGGGGUAUUUCCUAGCAGUGAACUCAGAAACUAUUUUUGUUGGCCUAAUUAGAUGAUGUUUUAUUGUUUUUUAUUCUUGAUCUGUGUGAGAUUUUCUGUAGCAGAAGUGUCUGAUUUUAGGGCUGUUCCAGGAACUGAAAGAUAAUUUUGAUGACUAAUUUUACUUCUUAUCAAUCCAUGUUAGUGUGAAGGGUUUUAUUGUAUGGUAUGUUUUACAGUUCGAACCCUUAUGAUUUGCUUGUCAUUGUUUUAAUAGCAAUGAUAAAUAGUGUUCUGUUUGUUCUGACGAAACAUUGUUAACUCAUGUAUUAUUUGAGAAAUUGAAUAUGUUCACAUGUAAAUAUACAUUCUGUUGCAGAAAUAAGUAAUAUGCUGAUUUUCUUUGGUAUCUUGUUGAAUAUUAUGUAUGAAAUCAUGGCAUAAACUGAGUUUUUGUCUGUUAAGUCAGGUAGUAUAGUAGGAUAGUGGUUUGUGAGUACAAGCUCUACCCUGCAUGUCACAUACAUGUAAAAUACAAUACCCUAGUGGCCAUAAUCAUCUCACAUUCCUCCCAUGCAUGGACCAUGUUUUGACAUAAGUAGCAGUAUUUUCUUAAUUUUCAAUCUAAGUUUUCAUCAUUUAUUACUUCAGAAACUCUUAGAAUUGUAUAUAAAUUACAAUGUAUAAAAUUAGCAUUGCCUUACAAAAGUACAGUCUGUCCAUGUGAUUAGGCCAUUUCUGAAAGUUGAAUAAAGAACGAAAAAUUGAUAGCUUAUAUGCCACUCAUUUACAAAUUUUACAUGAUUGCUUAAAAAAGAUGACAAAAAAAUUAUCAUAUAAACAAGAAUUAGGUGAGGUAUUUUGAUGAUUCAUGUUCUGACUGAAAAAAAGAGAGAAAUACUAUUUGCGCACUACAUUUGUAGAUGUGUAGGAAAAAUCCUCUUAUUAUCUAAAGGGCUUAUGAUAAUUUAUGAUCAGCAAUUUUAUUUGAAAUUCAUAGAUUACAGGUAAUUUGGCGAUAAACCAUUUUGAUGCUUUCAUGGUUAACUUAAAAAUCCUUUCAUACAAACAAGAGGAUUUGCUGUAAUAAUAUUAAUGCUUGUUAUGGUGAAUAUAGCGCUACUAAAUAGGUUCAAGCAUGAAAGUAAAAAAUCAGAAAUCAAACCUGCCCGGUUUUUACAUGAAUGCCAUUGCCUUAUAAGAUCAUGAUAGAGUGAAUUAAAUCAACUUUUUACACCAUGAAAUGGCCGCUACGCCUAAAUGCAUUUUAAUCUACUCAAUGAAAUUUUGUCAAUAUACCGAAACUGGAAAGGCUAAAACAUUUACAGACUUGCAUAAUAUUAACUUAUAUCCAUUCCUAUCAUCUUUUUCUGUCACUUUUUGUGACAAAACAUUCAAAUAAGCUAAUAAACUCUAAGAUAUUUCCCAGAAUUUGUCGUAAACGUGGUAGCGAUUUUACUGGUACUGUUGCACGGGCAAAACAGGGCUUAUUUUUUCCCUGGAGCAUUAGCAUUAAGUAUUCAGUGUAAGCUAGCAUGCUGUAUUUCAACACAAUCUCCAGUUGUUUUUUUUAAUUCCACUGCAGGCUUUUAUGACUUGGUAACAGAAGUUUCUCUGUACAGCUUAUUGUCUCAUAAUAAAUUUGGUAUGUGAAGCACGAAGCAAUUUUCAGCAUAAUAAUUCUACUACAUUUCAUGCAUUUUUCUGGUAUCUCUGUUCACAUCUUGUUACACAUUGCAUUGUCUUUAUUUACUUCAAUAUUUUAUGUUGUACAUGAGUUUGAGAGAAUAAACAUGAUGACUUGACUUGUGAAUGCAUUUUACUACUUUAAAAGUAAGUUCUUUAUUGUGUGUUGAGCGCAGUUCAAUACAUAUUUUAAAGAAUCUUUUUUGAUAUGUUAUUAAAAAAAAUAUUACUUGUGGAAGUUAUGUGUGAUGUAAGCGAGUAAGAAGAUGCUGUUUGUGAUGAAAAAGAGUUAGAUGUGAUGUUAUGUGUGAUGUAAAAGAGUUAGAUGUGAUGUUAUGUGUGAUGUAAAAGAGUUAGAUGUGAUGUUAAUUGUGAUGUAAAAGAGUUAGAUGUGAUGUUAUGUGUGAUGUAAAAGAGUUAGAUGUGAUGUUAUGUGUGAUGUAAAAGAGUUAGAUGUGAUGUUAUGUGUGAUGUAAAAGAGUUAGAUGUGAUGUUAUGUGUGAUGUAAAAGAGUUAGAUGUGAUGGUAUGUGUGAUGUAAAAGAGUUAAAUGUGAUAUUAUGUGUGAUUUAAAAGAGUUAGAUGUGAUGUAAUCAGUUUACUUUUAUUUGAUUUUGUUUAUCAAUAUUUGGUUAUUUUUCUGGAAAUCUACCAGUUGUUAAUUCUUAAAUAUUCUAUAUAAUAGAUUAAAAUUAUGAACUUAUGAUACAAAUUUAACUGCAGUAUGUUGUUUGUAUAUCUGCACACAUGCACAACUAUAUCAGAUAUGAGUACCGGUGAUGCUUGAAGGAUUUGUGAUAUAUUUUUUUCUGGAAAUAUUCUAUUAUUAACUACCUGGUAGUUCUAUGCUUGAGAUGGGAGCAAGAAAUGUUUACACUCUUUUAGAAAUGUUCAGUAUUGUCUUAAAAGAUACAGCUUUUGUUAAUAGCCAGGCUGCUGUGCUUUUUGCAAAAUUUUAUGUACAAAAUUGGCAACAUUAUACCUACUAUAAGCUAUAAAUAGUAUAUCAAAAUUCCUCAAAACAAAUGGUGUAUGUAAUUGUCGACAGAACUAUUAUCAUACAUAUUUGGUAUAUAAAUGACUUCACUAAAUGGUUACAUCAGCUCUACUUGUCUGGAUAAGAUUUUCACCAUAAACUUGAUAUCUGAUUUAAUUGACCAUUUAAUGAGUGUCUAAUUAUAGAGUGCAUCUUUGGGCUUUUUAACUGUCUAACCAAGUCAUGUUAUUGGGAUGCAAGAGCCCAUGAUUAAGGCUGACAUACAAUGUGAAUAGUUAGUUCUCACUCCUCUAGGUCAGGUGAUGGUAAACAAUUUGGGGAACAAAGUUCUUGAACACAGAUGGCAUUUCAUUGAGUAUCUCAUAGCAAGGUCCUCUUGAAUGCCCUUUAAUAAAGACUUGAUAAUUGACCAGGGGCUGUUUGCAACAACCAACUUAGAUUUCACUUAAUAUGAAGAUUAAAAUCCAAGUGUUUUGAUUGGACUGUAAAAAUAACUGGCCAAUGAACUGAAUGGAAUUACUGAGGCAUGUCCAAGGAAAAGGAUUAGAACAUGUAUUGUAAGGACACCUUUAAUUUAGCAUUUCAUUGACAGAGUACAGUCUGGGACCAAUAACAAAUCCUAACCCCUGGUACAGCACAAAACAAAUUUAAUUUCAUAUAAAAACAGGUGUGUCUGGCCCCAAGCCCUCAAUUGUUAUGACCUACUACAAGCCUGUUAACUUGCAUCUUUCAAAUACAACGUGUCUUCAAGAGGUACCUUUCCAUUAAGGUUGAUUUUGGAGUUCUUUAUUAUUUUUUCCUGUAUUACCUGGUGAAAUGUUCUUAAGUUACAAUACUUUUAAACUAUUCUUAUGGCAGACAUUUAGUUAACAUUCUGUUGUUUUUUGUGAAUAAUAUGGCUUAUGCAUUGACAGUAAUCACAUUUGUUUUAAAUCACAAUUGUUUUAUAAUGCUAUAUUAUUCUUAUGAAAAGGUUAUGUUUUUAAAACAGUUGGUUCAAGUGUUUUUAACAGUAACUGCUUUGCGACUUUAAUUUCUCACGUUAUUUUUAUGUUUUACAUCUUCUGAUGAAUUCACAACUGUUUCUAUUGAUUUUGCCUUUCUUCAGUCUUGUAAUAUAUAUAGUUUUAUGCAUAAAGACUUCACACUGAACAUAUUUUAAUCAUGUUACAAACAUUUAUUGCAUUUUUGUAUAGAAGACAUAUGUGUGAUGACUUGUUAUCAUAUCUUUGAUAAAAUUGUCACAUUGUAAAAUAAGAAUGUGAAAUUGUCACAGUUAACUGAUACUAAUUCAAAUAUUAAAUUAUCACUGUGUAACUACUGUGUUAUGUGAAUGUGGUAUUGUCACACUCUGGUAGGUUGAAAUGUGAAAUUGCCACAGUGUAGUUACUGUGAUAGGUUAAAUUGUGAAAUUGCCACAGUGUAGUUACUGUGGUUAAAAUGUGAAAUUAUGAAAGUGUAGUUACAUUGCAUUAGAUUAUGUUGUGAAAUGUCACAUUGUUAUUGUUUUGGGUUAAGAUGUGAAAUUAUCACAGUGUAGCUACUGUGUUAUGUUAAAAUGUGAAAUUGUCUAGGUGUAGUUACUGUGUUAGGUUAAAAUGUGACAUUGUAACAGUGUAGUUACUGUGGUAGGUUUAAAUUUGAAAUUGUCACAGUGUUGAUAUUGCAUUAGGUUAAAAUUUGAAAUUGUUACAGUGAAGUAAUUGCAUAAGGUUAAAAUGUGAAAUUGUCACAGUGUAGUUACUGUGGUAGGUUAAAAUGUGAAAAAGUCACAGUGUAGUUACUGUGAUAGAUUAAUAUGUGAAAUAAUUGCAGUAUAGUUACUACGUUAAGUUAAUAUGUGAAAUUGUUACAGUGUAGUUAUUCGUUAAAUAUGGUACUAUUCUUAAAAAUAGUUUCACCCUUUCCCACAUUAAACAAAUCUGCAACAGAUAAACAUGACAAAGCUUAAUUACUAAAAUUGUAUUUCUUGAAUAGUGCUUAAAACAUAGUGGCAAAAGGAGGGAUCAGAAAGCACCUAUAUGUGGGAAAGGAUUGAUGGAUUAUUGACUUGUUAUAAUAGUCAAUUUGUUCACUAUUCAUGCAUCAUUUCAUUACUAUAUCAGAGAAUAUGUGAUUGUUUUAAAUAUAAUUGCUGAAUACAUUAAGAUUGUCUUUUUCAUUUAAUGUGAAAAUGUGAAGGAAAUAUGCUAAUACUUGUAAAAUUGUUUUUAAUUAUAUUGAACUAUUGUUAUUAAAACACAAGUGCUGUAUUAUUUAAGGCUGGAGUUUACAUUUAAAUGUAUGUAGGUUCAUUUUGGGUUCAGUUCAUACUGUACCAUGCUGUUAUCUUGGGGAAGUUAUAAUCGUGUGCAGUCCUUUUUACAAGAAUCUUUGGCCAAAUUUUCAGUAUUCGCAACAAAAUAGAUUACAUACAAUAAUAUUCAAAGUCCAGCAAUUCUUUUGUACUCAAAAUGAUAAUUUGUUAGUAAUUUAAACCGUUUAAACUCAAUAAUCUGCACGCCUUUCACUCAAAAUUACAGGAUUCUAUGGUAAAACUUACCCUUUUAUGUUAUCUACUUAUACAUGAAAUAUACAUUCUAUACCGGUAAAUGUUUCGCAUUGUAAAUGUAUUAUAUCACUAUUCACCACUCAAGAGGCGGCAAAUCGCUGCUACACAGUGUCAAUUUAUUGCCCAAAAUGGCUUAUCAGCAAACAAAGUAAAAGGCUGUUAAGCCCAAUGGGCAAUGAAUGGACACAUAUUUUAGUUCACUGUGGCUGCUGCUACCUAUAGUUAUAUGUGUAGACUUGCUCAAUCCAUGUCAUUGCCAUGAACAUCAGUUGUUAUCAUUAAACUGUGGGUAUUGUAGCUUA